CUGUGCUUUUGGAAUGCUGGACUCUGACCGCUUUGAUGAGGCUAGUGCAAAUAUUGGCACUUACAUGCUACAAGGAUGGAUCUUGACAGAUGAACAGUGUCCUCAACCGCAAUGCCCAACGCCAUUGUUACGAUCUAAAGACGGAAAGCAAAAGAUUUGUGUAGUUCAUAACUUGCCCGGAAAAUCUGCUCCAAAGGACAACUUUGAACAAAGCGGAUUUAAGCAGGCAACAGCCAACGAACCUUUGGAUAGAUCCAUGGAUGAUACAGCUCACCAGAUUGAUAUCGAAGAAGACGACGAGGCUGAUGAGUUUAUCCGACGAGUGAAUGAGGGUAGUAAACACGAUGGAUCCGUCGCUGUAAAACGUAGAGAACAGUCAAAAUUAGCAUCUGAGCGGAUAGGGCAAAAACUUUUGCAGCAGUGGACGUUGGUCAACGAUAUCUGUCCAAGCGACACUUGCUAUGCUGUUCCCCUUGUUCGAGACCAGCAACAACGUCUCUUUUGCGUCAUAUGCGAGAGGAGCUAUAUGAAUGAAAACACUUAUCUUCAGUCAGUGCGAAAGCGGGAAAUUGAAAGUGAUACUCCUAAAGCAAACGUGGAACAACCUCCUGCUCCCAAGCCAUCCAAGUGCCUCAACUGCACUUGCAAAAGAAGGAAGAUCAGUAUUGAUUCUGCAGUUGAUCUGGCGGAGGCUGAGCACAAUGGCAACACCAUAAUGCAAGACGUCAAUCUACGUGACUUUGAUUACGACCUAGAAGAUCCAAAUUUCCUUUCGAGUCAACUUCAAAUGCUGAAGCCAAAUACACAGAUAGAUGCUCCUCAACCACCUGCUGCUAUCAAUAACGAUGACACAAGCUCGUAUCUUUCAGCAAGAUCUAGUUUACUAGAUGGCUUAAAACAAAAAGUCGAUAAACUAUCACAGGAUGUCAUCUCUAUACACGAUCCUGUAGCCAUGGUCAAGCUAUUUGAGGCUAUCAAAUCUGGAUCAGAGGCGAUAGAAGCAUAUCAAAGAAUAUGUUAGUAUAGCAUUAAUUUCAUGUUUCAUGAUCAUGGUAAUAAAUCUAUUAGAGAAUUUUAUUUCUAGUA